AUGGAGAAUGAAGAUUCAACAGAUUUACUUUUAAAUGACAACUAUAUACAGCAAAAAGUAAACAAAGCUGAAGAUCUGUUAAGUGAUGCAUCAGUUCGUGCUACAACAAAUUCGUUAUUGAACAAGGACCUCGAAGAAUUGCUAAGAAGAGUUUCCAUAUCUGAUUCAAAAUUAACACAGAAACAAGAUGUAAAUGGAUCAUUAUUUGAAAUUCAUAAAAGUUUAGAUCCCAAUUUUAAAUUUACUAAUGAAAACCAAGACGAUCGUCCACUUAACUCAAUUUUGGAUACUAUUUACAAUAGAAUACAGGUUUUUUUAAUAAGAAAUAAAAUGUCAUUAGAUUUUUUAAAAAUCUUCAAAAAAUAUGUUCAUUUUAUUGAAGAAAGUGGCUCAGAUCCACUUGCGGACAAAUAUUUAAUCGAUAUUUCCACUCAACUAGAUCUCAGUUUUGAUAUGACCCCAUUUAUGAAUGAACUUUAUUCAAAAUUAUUAUUAUACCCUGAAACCCUUGAAAUGAGAUUUGCUUACCUUCAAUGUCAUUCUGAGAGGAAAUUGCUAGAGAAAUAUUUUCAGAAAGUUCAAUUGACUUCUAUAUUUAAUGCGUGUUUACGUAAACUUGAGAAUGAAUGGAAUGAAUAUAUGCUAAAAAAACAUUUUAUGAAGUGGAUUAACAAACAAACUACACAUGACGUAAAUAAUAAUAAGGCCAUGAUAUUUAAUUCAAGAAGACUAUUAGUCUAUGGCUUUGAUAAUAUUUACACUAACCUGUUAAAGAUAAAUUCAUACAAUAAAGCAGUCGAUGAGUACUCUAAAAAAAAGAUAUUUGCUACAAUGAGUAAUAUAAUGGAAAGACAAAAACAAAUGGAAAUUAAAGCAAUGGAUGCUUUGAAAUUAAAUACAUUGAAACAUUUUUUCAAGAGAUUACAUUUGAAUCACAAAAGUUUAACUUAUAAGCCAAAAGGAAUAUAUUUGCAACAACAAGUAUUAAAAAGAUGGAAGUCAAAGAUUACUACUUAUAGGCAACUAGAAGAAAAAGCAGAACUCUCCAAAUCUAUCCAUCUAUUGCAACCUUUAUUCAAAAAAUGGGUAUCUAAAAUAAAGAUUGCAGAUAAAGAAUAUGACAAGUUAAUAGAAUUGGAGAGGAAAUAUAUUCUAAAAAAAUUUUUCAGAAUUCUAACCAAAAAACUUGAAGAACAACAAAAGUUAGCUUUUGUUCAAGUAAGUCUUAAUAAAAUUUACAAGAAAAUGAUAUUUCAAUCUGUUUGGAGAUACAAAUUUGAAAAGAAUCUUAGUUUCUAUUCAUUCCAAAGCAUCCAAGAAGAUCGUACAAAGAAGAAUAUUCUAAGGAAAUGGAAGUUAUCAUUCAACCAUAAAAUUAGUGCUCUAAACACUUAUGAUAAAAAUAUUUUUAAAAAUGCUUUUAAGAAGUGGAAAUAUAGGUUUUCAUUAGUAAAUAAUGAAAAACGAAUUGUAAAUUACUUAUUACAUUCUAAGUUUGAGAGAUGGAACCGUUUAUAUGAUCUACAUGAGAGAGCUAGAAUAUCUAAUAAAAAACUAGUAUUAAAUAAACAUUUAAAAAAUUGGAAGCAGAAACGUGACAGAAUGGCAUGUCUUGAAAUGGAAGCUGAAAGACACUAUAUGUAUACGGAGCUUAAAAAUGGGCUAAAGAGUUGGAAAGAUUCCGCCGAGAACAUUAAGGAGAUGUCUAAAAAGGUUGCUACUUUUCAAGAACUAAUGCUAUUUAAAAGGUUUCAAAAAAAAUUUGAGAAGAUUACUUCAAUAUCAAAUAAACAAUUGGAGUUUCAGCAUAAAUCUGAAAAAAGAUUGACUAUGAAAGUCUUCAAGAGUUGGUCAGAAAGAUACAUUAUUCAAAAGAGAGAUGCUUUAGACGAAGCUUCUCAUACAUUUAGAAAAAAAUUUGUUAAUCAAAAAAAAAUAAAGUUUUUACAAGUUUGGAAAGGAAAGCAUAUUUUGUUAAAUGAUUAUAAUGAUAAAGCUGCAUAUCUUGGAGAUUUCCUUUUGAGGGAAAAGAUAAUGAAGGUGCUGAAUGAGAAACUAAAUCACAAUUAUGCUUUGUCAAAGGUUGCUAGUAAUUUAAGAAAUGAGACUUUACAAGGAAAUUCUUUCACAGUUUGGAAGGAAAAGCUUAUUCAAUCUUCUAAAUUAGAAGUAAUUCUUAAACAAGAACUCGAUAAUAAAAAUAUUGUAUUACUGCUGAAUUAUUUAAAUAUAAUAAGUUUGAAAAUGUUAAAGAUAAGACGGAAUAGGGAAAUGAUAAAGAUAUUUAGAGAUAGAUGGGACCGCGCAAUAUUAAGAGGACUUAUUCUUUUAUGGAAGACACGGAUGCAAAAUUCUCCUAAAAAAGUACGACUAAGAAGAAAGAGUCCAUUCAAUGAGGUUGAUAGACUCGAAACUCCGAAAAAAAGCAUAAAUACAUCAGGUAAUACAAUUCCAGGAUCAGAAUUAGUAAAAAAUUAUAAAGUUGAAGCAAUGAAAUCUCGUUACAGUCGUGUACGUCAUUCAAUCCCAAGUCCCAUUAAAAAUUCAUCUACUAUAGGGUCAACAAUAAAAAGAAGAUUUAAUCAAAGAAAUCUAAAUGUAUCACCUUUCCCAGCUUCACCACCAAAAUUAAAUUUAUAUCGUCGAUACAAUAUUUCGGAUAAUAAAAACUUAGAGAUUGAUUUUAACGAAUUGCCAUAUGUAAAGCUGGAACCUAUUGUCGACAAAUCUGAAAUGGAACAAGAAAUUGAUAAUUUAGAGUUCCAUGAAUCACCUACCCAAAAAACAUCAAGAAGCUCAUAA